CUUUAGUCAAUCUACUUAGAUUGUAAAGAGCAAAUUUAACCUAGAAAUCGGGAGUUCGGACUUCACAAGGAGUACUUGAAGGCAACUUUAGCUGUGUUAUUGUGGUGCGCAUGCGCAGUGAGCCAACUAGGAAGCAGAACAGACUAGCUUGAGUUGACGGCUUAUGUGGACAUGAGCGAAAGCAGCUGCUUUUGAAUCAUUUAUCUGGGGUUUAUAAACUCAUGGAAAGAAGGAGUCGCUUUAAAAUGGAAGGCUGACAGCUUAAAGGAAAGUCAGUGUAUUUAAGUAUACAUUUAUUAAAAACUGAGCCACAAUGAUGUCAGAAUGCGACCCGCCGCCGGAGACGGAGACCAGUGAGCCCGUGCUGGACACCGAAGCAACAGCGGUAACGUUACCUGUUUCAGAGUGUAACUUUUACUCGUCAGAGCCUGUAAAGGUAUUAUUUGACAGGAAUGGGAUCGGGUUGGGACUUGCGGCGAACCCUGGAGUCGCUGUUCGUAUUUCGGACUCUUGUGAAAGCGUCUUAACCGAGCUGGAGACAGACGGCUCCAGCGAAGAGGCGCUGUUGUUACCGUGUUUAGCAGGAAGCUCGUCGUCUCCGCGGGGUGUACGAGAGAAGCGGAGCAGACACAGCUCGUCGUCGGAUAAAGACACCUUGGCCUCCCCAGGUACCAACAGUGGAGACUUCAACCAUUUCCCUGACGAUCCCGAGUUUGCAGAUAUUAUCAAAAGGGCGGAACAAGCUAUAGAGAACUGCGUCUUUCCAGAGAGGAUUUCCCAGGGUUCCAGCGGGAGCUACUUUGUCAAAGACCCAAAAGGGAAAGUCAUUGGUGUUUUCAAGCCAAAGUCAGAGGAACCUUACGGUCACCUUAACCCCAAAUGGACCAAAUAUUUUCACAAGCUGUGCUGUCCGUGCUGUUUCGGCCGAGGCUGCUUGUUGCCUAACCAGGGUUACCUCUCCGAGGCUGCUGCCUCGCUGGUUGACACCAAGCUCGGCCUGGGAGUGGUGCCGAAAACCAAGGUGGUGUAUCUGGCCAGUGACACGUUCCACUACAGCGCCAUCGACCGAGCCAAAUCCAGGGGGAAGAAGUACGCCUUAGAGAAAGUCCCCAAGGUGGGACGACGCUUCCACAGAGUGGGCCUGCCACCUAAGGUGGGCUCGUUUCAGCUGUUUGUGGAGGGUUACCGUGAAGCGGACUACUGGCUGCGGCGCUUUGAGGCAGAACCUCUGCCAGAGAACAUCAGGAAGCAGCUGCACUCACAGUUUGAGCGGCUGGUAGUGUUGGACUACAUUAUCCGAAACACAGAUCGAGGGAAUGACAACUGGUUGAUCAAGUAUGAGAAGUCAGGAGGAGAGGGACAAAAGGAUGCAGAGUGGCCAGAGAAUAGUUCCGAGUCCUGCAUUAAGAUUGCAGCGAUCGACAACGGCCUGGCCUUCCCCUUUAAACACCCGGACGAAUGGAGAGCCUACCCAUUCCACUGGGCAUGGCUCCCCCAGGCUAAGGUGGCCUUCUCCCAGGAGACCAGAGACCUGGUGCUGUCCCGCCUCUCCGACAUGAACUUUGUCCAGGACCUCUGUGAGGACCUCUAUGAAAUGUUCAAGACGGAUAAAGGCUUUGACAAAGCCAUGUUUGAGAGGCAGAUGUCGGUUAUGAGGGGACAGGUGUUGAACCUGACCCAGGCGCUAAAGGACGGGAGGAGCCCCAUCCAGCUGGUGCAGAUGCCCCGGGUGGUAGUGGAGCGCAGCCGCUCAGGCGGCCACGGACGCGUGGUCACGCUCGGCAAUGCCUUCACACAGACCUUCCAUUGCAAGCGGCCCUUUUUCUCCUCGUGGUAGUCUGAGAUGGGUGAGGAGGGCGAGCUGAGGAAAGACUUCUGCAACAGCUCUUUUUAUUAAUUUUUUUUUUUGUCGUCCUGAAGUGAGGGAGAAGACGUGAAUAUCGCACUGGACACACCGGCACAUAUUUCUUUUGGCGAGAGAAGAAAUGAAGAGGAAGACACGGAUGAUAGAAAGUUAAGAUGAAGAAACUUGGCUUCUGUGCAUUCCUCGUGGUUGUGAAGAGAACAGCGAGAAGCAUGGCAGCUGGAGAGAUUGGCAUACCAUUGUCUCCUUGAGACCUUGGGGCUGUUUGUGGUUACCAUGGUGACUUGAUUGGAUAAUCGGCUUUUCCACAGAGGUGGGCUUUGUUUAUUGUUAGAAGGCAGAAAGGAGAUUUUUUUUAUUUUAUUUUUUUUCACCCACCUAAAGUACCUAAUGAAGUCUCUUGCAAGGUCUCUUAGUGGGGUUAAUGGCCAAAGAAAAGUACCUGCAGACCACAGAAGUAGAUGUGUGGUCCACUAUGUUUGGGAAUCUAAAGGACUGCUUUCAUAGAUCUCUCCAGGAAGUGAUUUUUGUUCCUGGUCUGGGGUUACAGUCCCAAACUAUUUGCUUUGCCUUGUAGGAUUACUUGUUAAAAUCUAGACGUGCACUUGCACUGCUGGAGGUGUUUGACUAGUUUUACAGAACCGCGUCAAACCACUUUUUAUCCAGUGUUUGUUUUUCCCAUUCUGUUGAACAAACAGUGUCUUCAACUCUCACUACUGCCAAAAUCUGCUUGUGGGAGGAAUAUUUAAAAGCCUCAAGAAGAGAAUAUUGUUGAAACUUGAAUAUGACAUUUGGGGGUAGGAGGACUAGUAAUAAACACAUUGCUUGAAUGUAAUCUGUUUACGGUUUCUACACAGAUUCUUGCUCCUAAACAUUUCAAUACGAGUGAAUGCUGUCAAAAAUAGUUUUUUCUUUCUUUCUUUUUUUUUGUAACAAUGAAUGUAUUUGUUGUUAGACAUGUAUUUAAUUGCUGGCCAGCAGCUUUCUCUUGAACCUCGUGGCAUGGGUGGAAGGCUACCUCGUCCCUGACCUUUACAAUACAUUAUAUGAAGAGGAAAAACAAAAACGGAGAACGAUAUUUCACACUUGCUCGAUGCCGUUGUGUUUUUCUUAUGUAUGCAUCUUGAAAUUUGUAUUCCAACUCGAUGAUUGUAUGAGUAAAGUUGUAUAUUUAACAGAUGAAAAAUAAAAUUUGGGAAAUUUAAA